AAGGAGGUGGAGGCGGCGGCGGCGGCCGUUGCAGCGGCGGCGGCGGCGGGAGCGGCGGGACCCCGAGGCGGCGCGCCCGCGGCCCUUUACGGGGCGCGAGCUGUGUGCGCCUCGGCCCGGAGCCCCGACCGGGAGGGGUCGCCGACGUGACUCUGCCUGCCUUUCCAAGUAGGCGGGAGCGAGGAAAAAGGCUUAGGGCCCAGGGGGCGGGGAAGGGGGGCCGGGCCUGGUUCCGCGGGGAGGCCGCCCCGGAGGCCCAACCGUGGCUCGCGCGGUCCCGGGGAUACGAAUCGACCGUCGGCUGCGCGAAUCGAACGUCUGCGGCGGUUGGAAUUCGGGGGCCCGGCGGCGCGCGCGCGGGGACCAUGGCGUCGGUGCAGGCGUCCCGCCGCCAGUGGUGCUACCUGUGCGACCUGCCCAAGAUGCCGUGGGCCAUGGUGUGGGACUUCAGCGAGGCCGUGUGCCGCGGCUGUGUGAACUUCGAGGGCGCGGAUCGCAUUGAGCUGCUCAUCGACGCCGCUCGCCAGCUUAAGCGCAGCCACGUGCUCCCUGAGGGCCGCUCGCCUGGGCCCCCGGCCCUCAAGCACCCGGCCACUAAGGACCUGGCGGUGGCCGCCACACAGGGGCCUCAGUUGCCGCCUCCGCAGGCCCAGCCACAGCCGUCGGGGACAGGCGGCGGCGUCUCGGCCCAGGACCGCUAUGACAGGGCCACAUCGUCGGGCCGCCUCCCCCUGCCUUCACCCGCUCUGGAAUACACCCUGGGGUCGCGGUUAGCCAAUGGGCUGGGCCGCGAGGAGGUCGUGGCAGAGGGGGCGCGGAGGGCCCUGCUUGGCUCCAUGCCCGGCUUGAUGCCCCCUGGGCUGCUGGCAGCUGCGGUGUCUGGCCUGGGAAGCCGAGGCCUGACGCUGGCACCCGGCUUGAGUCCUGUCCGUCCAGCCUUCGGCUCCGAUUUCGAGAAGGAGAAGCAGCAGAGGAAUGCGGACUGUCUGGCAGAACUGAACGAGGCCAUGCGGGGCCGGGCAGAGGAGUGGCAUGGGCGCCCCAAAGCUGUGCGGGAACAGCUUUUGGCAUUGUCUGCUUGUGCUCCUUUCAACGUCCGUUUCAAGAAGGAUCACGGUUUGGUGGGGCGGGUGUUCGCCUUCGAUGCCACUGCCCGCCCGCCAGGCUAUGAGUUCGAGCUGAAGCUUUUCACCGAAUACCCCUGUGGUUCUGGCAACGUGUAUGCAGGAGUCCUGGCCGUGGCUCGCCAGAUGUUUCAUGAUGCUCUUCGGGAGCCGGGCAAGGCACUGGCCUCAUCAGGCUUCAAGUACCUCGAAUAUGAACGCCGACACGGCUCAGGGGAAUGGCGCCAGCUGGGGGAGCUGCUAACAGAUGGUGUCCGCAGCUUCCGCGAACCAGCUCCGGCCGAGGCCCUGCCCCAGCAGUACCCAGAACCGGCCCCUGCUGCUCUAUGUGGCCCACCCCCUCGAGCCCCAUCCCGGAACCUGGCGCCCACACCCCGCCGUCGCAAGGCAUCCCCUGAGCCUGAGGGUGAGGGGGCUGGGAAGAUGACCACCGAAGAACAGCAGCAGCGGCACUGGGUAGCACCGGGUGGCCCAUACUCUGCUGACACCCCUGGUGUGCCCUCACCCAUUGCUGCCCUGAAGAAUGUGGCUGAGGCCCUGGGCCACUCCCCCAAGGACCCUGGUGGGGGUGGGGGCCCUGUGCGUGCUGGGGGUGCCAGCCCUGCAGCCUCCUCCACAGCCCAGCCGCCAGUCCAGCAUCGUCUAGUGGCCCGCAACGGUGAGGCAGAAGUCAGCCCCACAGCGGGGGCAGAAGCUGUUAGCGUGGGUGGUGGCGGCACCGGGGCGACCCCCGGAGCCCCCCUGUGCUGUACCCUAUGCCGGGAGCGGCUGGAAGACACCCACUUCGUCCAGUGCCCCUCUGUGCCCGGACACAAGUUCUGCUUUCCCUGCUCCCGGGAAUUCAUCAAGGCACAGGGCCCGGCUGGCGAGGUGUACUGCCCCAGUGGAGACAAGUGCCCGCUGGUGGGCUCCUCUGUCCCCUGGGCCUUCAUGCAGGGCGAGAUCGCCACCAUCCUUGCUGGAGAUAUCAAGGUUAAGAAGGAACGGGACCCCUAGGUUACCACUGCCACUAGUCUGCUAUCCCCCACUCCCUUGCCACUCACCGCUGCUGCGGAUAAGUUAUUCCCUCCCCCACCCAGCCCGGUGCCACCCGUUCCUGUGUACAUACCGCCCCUUCAUCCCAGAUGGGUUCCCUGGGGUAGAUGCAUUGAGGGUGGGGGGAGAACGCUUGUGGCUUCUGUCCGAGGGGGUGUUUGGGGGUCCCUUGGCCCCUCCAGUUUUCCUCUCCUCUCCUUGGCUUGGCUUUGCUGCUGCUUGUAGUUGGAGGAGAGAUGCCCCCCUCCUCCUUGAGAAGGAGCCUCCUGAAAUCUCACUCUGAUAAAUGAAGCAAAAGCAUUUUAUUGUUCCCCACCUCACCCCCCAUCCCCACCCCACCCUUUUCCUUUUCCUCCUUCAAUAAACCGAAAGAUGGUUUUUUUUUCUUCUUUC